CAGUAAUUGUCUGAUUCAAAAUAGUGUAACAAGUGUACAAAAAAUAACAAUGUUUGUGAAUGAGAGUACCCCCUCAAGGUUAACCAAUUGGAAGAGGGCAAGUAUCUACGGCUCAAUCUGUACACAUCUCCCUUGAAAACUCACUACACUGAAUAUGCUCAACUAAAUUGAUGUUAAAAAAACAAAAAAGUGAAAAAAUGAACUUUUUUUUUAUUGCUACAUUUCAAAUUAGUUUACUCAUAUUGUUUGGGAACAAUAACGAUAUCCAUGGUUUUUUUAAGCCGAUCGUUCUCAACUGUUCACCACAUGUUCAUAUUACUACACAUAGUGACGGUAAUCAAUUCCCAAUCCGUCUGUCAAGCAGAAGGUGUAUUUACUACCGAUUAUCCAUCCGAGAACACGGCCGAAGACCCAUCAAAAGUUCAGCAACAUUACUCUAUUACUGACAAUGAAAACCUGGAACAAAAGCAUACCAACGAUCAACCGAUCCAAGAAAAAGACAGAUCCGUAGUGUACAUGCACUUGUCGUGUCAUCAAAACGAUAAGUGCGACGACGAUUUGGAAUUUAAACGACCCGAAAACAUUUGGGGCAAAGAGUUCAACACGUCGAUUUCGAAAACCUUGUGCGAGGCUUGCGUGUACCCCCGUGGUUCGAUCGUGGACAGAGUACAGUUUACCAAGAGGGGUACGUGCAUGUGUGAGAAAGUCUGCAACAGACAGGACCAGAUUACAACAAGAGUGCCCCCCACGGAGGCCACUUUGAAAGACUCGUAUUGCACCAAGAGUCAUCUUAGGGCGGCAGCUUGCGUGUGUAUGUUUAAGGUGACGUUUCAAUCCAACAUGCACUAUGUGUUCAUACAUUUCAUUCCCAACCGGGACGGCCAUGUCGCUACGCAGUACUACGAGUCGGGACACGCGUUGAAGGUGCCAUUGUGAUUUGACAUGAAAAGGCUACCAAGGGACACCGAGUGCACUCUUAAAUGUUUCUUAUCCCAAACCUACUUCUUGUCCGCCAUAUGAAAUUAGGUUGGAUUUUCUGGAGAAUAAAUAACAAAAAAAAAUGUGAUAUGCCAUAACGAGAAGGGUAUUACAGCAAGUGUCGCUGUUAUGACGUUUAAACAUAGGUCCGUCCGUUAACUGCAUAUACCCCAUAAUUGUUUCAUCGGUAAACUGUCGACUAAACGAGACUCUAAUUUUUGAAUAUUGAAUUUAUGUAA